AGCAAUUGACGCAGCAUAUUCGCUGUAUAGCACACACUGAAAAAAAUAUAACGAUUACCACUGAAGAGUCUCUUUCCAGGCAGCCAUUACCGUUACCAACAUGGGUGACUCGGCAAUAACAGUCCGAACCCGGAAGUUCAUGACAAACCGCUUGCUGAACCGCAAGCAGAUGGUUGUGGACGUCCUCCAUCCAGGCAAGGCGACGGUGCCCAAGACCGAGAUCCGGGAACAGCUGGCCAAAGUCUACAAGACCACGCCGGACGUCAUCUUCUGUUUCGGCUUCCGCACCCAGUUUGGUGGGGGCAAGACGACAGGGUUCGGCCUGGUGUACGACACGCUGGACUUUGCCAAGAAGUACGAGCCCAAGUACAGAUUAGCACGGCAAGGCCUGUAUGAACGGAAACGCCCCUCCAGGAAGCAGCGCAAAGAACGCAAGAACAGACAAAAGAAGGUGCGGGGAACAGCUAAGAGCAAGGUGUCCGCCGGCAAGAAGUAAUGAGGUUGCUGAUUUUCGGCCGAUGGGUCUCGAGACCGUAGGCUACGCUCCCAAGGGUCAUCUGCGUGGGUCAACUAGGGUUACGCUGGGGUCAAAGGUGAAUCACUGUAUGCACAGCUGGUCAUUGUGAAAUGUACAGAAGGUGAAUAAAGAAGCCAAUUGCUUAUCGAAAGAAAAA